GGCCCCGCCGGGCUCAGUGACGCCGCGGCCGCCUCUUGCCUAGGUCCGAGCGCUCCGGGCGGCGGGGGGGGGGGGGGGGGGGUGCGGUCGUGCAAUAGGAAACCAAGGGCGUUGCAAGCUUCCCGUUGGACACCAGCUACCUGGUUCCGCGCCCUGCUCGGUGCAUAUCCCGGACCUCUCCCAGACCCCCCACCUGCGGCCCCCCGGACCUCCGUCUUCUGUCGAUCAUGCCUCUAAACCGCACUUUGUCCAUGUCCUCACUCCCAGGACUGGAGGAGUGGGAGGAUGAAUUCGACCUGGAGAAUACAGUGCUUUUCGAAGUGGCCUGGGAGGUGGCCAACAAAGUGGGGGGCAUCUACACCGUGCUGCAGACCAAGGCCAAAGUGACCGGCGACGAGUGGGGUGACAACUACUACCUGGUGGGACCAUACACGGAGCAGGGCGUGAGGACCCAGGUGGAACUGCUCGAGCCGCCCAGCCCAGCCCUGAGGAGGACCCUGGACUCCAUGAAUAGCAAAGGCUGCAAGGUGUACUUCGGACGCUGGCUGAUCGAGGGGGGCCCCUUGGUGGUGCUCCUGGAUGUGGGGGCAUCGGCCUGGGCCCUGGAGCGCUGGAAGGGGGAACUGUGGGACACCUGCAACAUCGGGGUGCCGUGGUAUGACCGGGAGGCCAACGACGCCGUCCUUUUUGGCUUCCUUACCACCUGGUUCCUGGGUGAGUUCCUGGCCCAGAGCGAGGAGAAGCCGCACGUGGUGGCUCACUUCCACGAGUGGCUGGCGGGCAUCGGGCUCUGCCUGUGCCGGGCCCGGCGGCUGCCCGUGGCCACAAUCUUCACCACCCACGCCACGCUGCUGGGGCGCUACCUGUGUGCCGGGGCUGUGGAUUUCUACAACAACUUGGAGACCUUCAACGUGGACAAGGAAGCGGGGGAGAGGCAGAUUUAUCACCGCUACUGCAUGGAGCGGGCGGCCGCCCACUGUGCCCACGUCUUCACUACCGUGUCCCAAAUCACCGCUAUCGAGGCUCAGCACCUACUCAAGAGGAAACCAGAUAUCGUGACCCCCAAUGGACUGAAUGUGAAGAAGUUCUCUGCUAUGCACGAGUUCCAGAACCUCCAUGCCCAGAGCAAGGCCCACGUCUAA